CCGCUGGGGACACAGACAGGUGGCGUUGGGUGGGGGAGGAUGCACGCUGUUCUCUUACCAAAUGGCGGCGUUCGCAUGCCUUUCACCUUCCCGCUCCUCAAGUUCAGUCAUGCCAAGUCUAUCCAUGGGAAAGGAUCAGGUAAAGGUUCUCAAGGUCAAUGGUCUGCAAUAUGUGAUUGGCAGGACACAUUACAAGAAUUAUGUCAAUUAUGCAGCAAAUCAAAGGUGCAAGAAUUACAUGCGAUGCUUAUUGAACUUGGCAGAGAUUGCAGAUGGGACUCUACACUUUGCUUCCCAAGGAGGCCUACUUCAGCCAUCUGUGUCAAUUAUUAGAUCUGAAGGAAAUAGAAGAGGACGUCCUCGAAGAAAUGCCUCUGCAGAUAGGGCUGCAAAGGGUGGUGAUGGAUUGAAAGAUUCAUCAAAUACCAGUGAUGAGACAUCCAAAUCCUCUAGUCAGGAGAAGAUAAUAGCAUUGUUUAAAAGAAUACAAACAUCUAUAUCAAAAGGAGGAUCUGCACGUUCCAAGAGAAGAAGCCCCAGCAAUCCAAAAGAAAAGCAAACAACCGAAUCAGUUCUGGGAUCUCGACGGAAGUAUGUAAAACAGAAACAAGCAAGAGAUAAAGUUCCAAGCCCAGAUGAUAUAUUGUCAUCAGUAGAUGAAACAACAGAUGAUGCUGUGACAUCUGGAAAGGUCAAAAUGUCAAGGCCUGUCACAAAUUUUGUGAAGAGGUCACCCAUUCCACCACCUUCGUUAACACUGGAAAGCAUUCAGAAGGUGUCUGAGGAAUGUCUGCCAGUAGUUGCUGCAGAGGAGAAGUCAGAAAUACAGACACUGGAUGAGAUGAAGCUCCCUGAGCUGAAAGAACUAGCAAGAAAAAGAGGAGUAAAAGGUUACUCAAAGCUGAAGAAGGGAGAGCUUUUAGAACUUUUGAAGGGGUUGUUGCAAUCUUCUUGAUGAGCAGAAGCUUUUCAAGAUGAAAUGACAGAAAUCAUUUGUGAAAGAUCUUACUGGUUGAAGUCUCAUGAAACUAUGAUUGGGACAGUUCAAGAACCUAUAACUGUUUACUGUUGUUGUACAUUUUUUUCUUUUCCCUUUUUUUUUUCAGCAUGUUUGUGUGACUGUGUGAAGUUGCAGAUGUCUUUUCCUACUCUAUGUGACCUCAUUAAUUUGCUUAAUUAUUCUGUUAAUUUCUAUGUAAUUACUACUGAUCGUUUGAAGCUUCAAUCUAUGAUUGCUAUAUCAGAAAGGUUUGCGGUA